CAGUCGGUGAAGAGGAGGGGGAAGAUGGCUCUUCGGGACCCGUGAACGCUAAGGAGCCAGCGAGCGAGCGAGAGAGGCCGGGUGGGGCGGCGCCGUCGCGGGGGGCUCGCCAGCCGCAGGAGCCGGGGAAAAGGAAGGCUGUGAUCGCGGGAGCUCGCCGAGCUGCUCGGGUAAAAGGUUUGGAACAAAUGUGGAAAGAUGUUCACUUCAGAGAAAGGAGUUGUGGAAGAGUGGCUAUCAGAAUUUAAGACACUACCAGAAACAUCUUUAUCAAAUUAUGCCACAAAUUUGAAAGACAAGAGUUCUUUAGUUUCAUCUCUCUAUAAAGUUAUCCAGGAGUCACAAAGUGAGUUGCUAGAGCCUGUGUGCCACCAGCUGUUUGAGUUCUACCGCAGUGGAGAGGAAGAGCUGCUGCAGUUUACGCUGCAGUUUCUCCCAGAACUGAUUUGGUGCUACCUUGCAGUCUCCGCCAGCAGAAACGUGCACUGCAGUGGAUGCAUUGAAGCUCUUCUUCUAGGCAUUUACAAUUUGGAAAUAGUUGACAAACAAGGGCAUAGCAAAGUACUGAGUUUUACAAUUCCUUCUUUGUCCAAACCAUCUGUGUAUCAUGAACCUUCCAGCAUUGGGUCCAUGGCUCUCACUGAGAGUGCGCUAUCCCAGCACGGUUUGUCAAAAGUUAUAUACAGUGGGCCCCAUCCUCAACGGGAGAUGCUGACGGCACAGAACAGGUUUGAAGUGUUGACGUUCCUUUUGUUGUGUUACAAUGCUGCCUUAACCUAUAUGCCCAGUGUUUCUCUUCAAUCACUGUGUCAAAUUUGUUCAAGAAUCUGUGUUUGUGGAUAUCCUCGACAACAAGUAAGAAAAUACAAAGGCAUAAGUAGCAGGAUACAAGUUUCUUCAGGAUUUAUGGUGCAAAUGUUAACAGGAAUUUAUUUUGCCUUAUAUAAUGGAGAAUGGGAUGUAGCUCAAAAAGCACUGGAUGACAUUAUAUACAGAGCCCAGCUUGAACUAUAUCCAGAGCCACUGCUGGUUGCUAAUGCAAUAAAGGCUUCAUUGCCUCAUGGUGCCAUGAAAUCUAAUAAGGAAGGCACAAGGUGUAUUCAAGUUGAAGUCACACCAACUUCCUCUAGGAUAUCAAGAAAUGCAGUUACCAGCAUGUCAAUAAGAGGUCACCGAUGGAAGAGACAUGGAGAUACAGAAUUAACAGGUCCUGAAGAACUGAUGGAGAUAUCUGAAGUUGACGAGGGAUUUUAUUCCAGGGCUGCGUCUAGUACCAGCCAGUCGGGUUUAUCAAACAGUAGUCACAAUUGUAGUAACAAGACAAGUGUAGGGAAGAACCAGAGACGGUCAGGAGGAAGCAAAACUGGAGGAAAAGAGAGAGAAACUGCAGGGGAAUCUUGCAAAGAUCACUUUGCUCGAAAACAAACUCAGAGAGCCCAAAGUGAGAAUCUUGAGCUUCUCUCUUUGAAGAGACUGACAUUAACCACCAGCCAGUCCCUGCCAAAGCCCAGCAGCCAUGGUCUGGCUAAGACUGCGGCCACUGUGUUCAGUAAGUCCUUUGAACAGGUCAGCGGUGUCACUGCCCCACAUAACCCACCGCCUACUGUUGGCUGUGGGACUGGGACAGAUGCCAAUAGGUUUUCUGCUUGUAGUCUCCAAGAAGAAAAGCUUAUUUAUGUUUCAGAAAGGACGGAACUUCCAAUGAAGUAUCAAGCAGGUCAGCAGAGACCUCCUAGUAUUAGCAUUACUCUGUCCACAGAUUAACUUAUAACUUAUUCUUCUAUUACCAGUGAAUCUGGAAGUAUGACUGCUUCUUUAUGAAAGUGCCCCAGGUCUUUCAUGCCUGGUCCUGAUAGGAGCCCUGAUAUUUUAACUUCUGAGGGCUCCUUUGACUUCAUGAAGGGACUAAUGUCCAGUUUGCAGUCAGUUGAAUGUGGUCUUGUUACUUCUUGGUUCUCCUGCCAUUGGCUCAAGUCUGUUGUUGUUGUUUUUGCUUGACACUGUUGCUCUCAGAAUGUCAGUGUGACAGUAAAUUGUUAGCACUUGUCUGAUUUAGUUGGUUAUAUCUCCUGUGAGGUUGUGAGUUUGUUUUUAAUACCUCCUAUUAUAGUAGCUGUGUAUAUGCCUUGGGAGUUCAAGGGAGUCUCCGUGUGAGGGAACUCUGUAUAAAGCAUGGAGCAGAAGAACAUUUCUUCUGCUGGCCUUCUGUGAAGCCAUGCUGAGCAACAGGCAUAUGAGGAAACAAAAAAUGAUGAGUAUGAAAAGUGCCUGGUAACCAGAUCAUCGUCAAGAUUAGAACAAAUUGUUCAAAGCACUAGAAGUUGCCUGAAGUGGCCUAGAAUGUUGUGCAAUUCUAGGGAAAGGCUAGGAGAAUUUCUGUUGGUAUCUUUGAGAACAUUUGUGUAUCAAAAAUGAGAUUGCUGGUAGAUAAUAUUUGAAGUGAAGUCUGGAUUCACCAGGUGAGAGUCCCUUUUAGUUUCUGAAGUGUAGCUUGCCAGAGUGCUGAAUGAAUGACUGGACUGCUCAGCCUUGGAAAUCCUCAUUAGUUUGGAUUCUUAGAGUUCACUGAAGACUUAUUGGAAGCCGUUGUAAAUUUUGCAGCAAGCUCUCAAGAUACCAAUGUCAACUGUGUAAUAGUGAAUUGUUUGUCUGCAAAUGAAGGAAAUUAGAUAAAUUUUCAACUACAAAAUGUUAUGAAAGAAAAUAAAGAGUGAAAUAUGGACAAAGGACAUUUGUAUAUCAACUAAUUUAGGCUUGCUUACAUUUGUUUAACAUAAGAAAAGUGAAGUAUAUUUCUUAUUUGUGAGAAGAUCUACUUUAAGGGUUGUUAUGAUAUAGAAAUAAUAAUUAAUUUGCCCUCCAUAAAAAGCAUUAAAAUAAGAAAGGCAACAAGGCAGAAGCUAGAUAAACCUGCAUGUAGUUCUAGCAAACUGUGUGACCUCUAGAUGGGUGUUUGCUAGUGGUGGUCUUUUCAGUUGUUUGAGUAACUGUAAAGCUACUAUGCUUAUGUAAUAAUUUGGAGUGAGAGAGAAAGUAAGGCUAGAGAGUAAGGUGCCGGGAGAGGCUGGGAGGCCGAAGAAGUUCUUCAUUUCUUGGAACCUUUCACUUUUAGUACGCUGAGGCUUCCUUAUUCACGGUCUCUAACCAUACUCAGGAGGAGAACAUGCUGAUGCUUCCCUCUUGAACCUGCACAUGCACAGCUCAAAUCUAUGAAAAACCUGCAUGUGUUGAAGAGUGCUAACACAUUUAUACUCUGGAUUUUAUACAGUUUUGAUCAAACUGUUUGCCUACCCGUUUAAACCUAACUUUUCAAAAAUUGUAAAGUAGUUCUGUUUAUUAGACCUGAAUAUAGUGUGGGUUCUUACAUGAAUACAUUUUUACAUUUUACUUCUAGAAGUAGAAUGAACUUAAGAUGUAUUGGCAUAAAUUGAUAUCAGAGACUGUAAAGCAACUAGAUAGUGACAGUUGGUCUUGGACUAAUUUAAUAGUAAUGCCAUAUAUAGUUGAAACUAUUUGUAAAAUGUCACUGUGAAUUUACUGUUGUCUUUUUAUAAUUCUAUAACAAAGGAUUUUCCUUAGGCGUAGUUACUAACAGUAUUAGUAUUAUUAAGGACUGAUUUUUAAAAUCAGUAUUAAGGAAGUUGAGGUGCUUGCUACAUUAAGCAUAGGGUAUGUUUAAAGAAAGAUUAGCUGACAUAAAUGAUGGAUUAGAUUUUAAUAUACUCCUGUGAUGGAACCAUUUUUGAUUUGAAAUUAGACUAAGACCUUUGCUACUCAAGUGAUGUGAAGACCUUCGGUGUCACCUGGCAUCUUGUUUAAAAUGUAGAAUUUCAAGGACAGAUCUAGCAAAUCAAAACCAGCAUGUUAACAAGAUCCCCAAAUGGUUGUUAUAACAUUAAUAUUUGUGAAGAGAGUGUCAGAGUGCAAAUCACUUGGCUAAUAUGUAAGACUUUCAGUGAUCUCACAACUCUAGAGCAAAUGUAUUAGAUAGUAAAUCAUUAGAAUCUUCAUUGUUUUGACAGCUAACUUUGUAGUAACAUUGACACAUGACUUCCUAAGUCUUCUAAUUCUGAAUUCCUAAUGAUACUCAUUUAUUUUUGCAGUAAGAUAUAACACUUUGUAUUUCUUAUUAGUUGUAAAUGAAAACAUCUAUAGAUGGCUCUAAGUCUUAAAUAGGAAAGGUUACCCUUUUUGUACCCAAACUGUUGUACAAUGCACAACAAAUUUGCAUGUGUCCAUUCUUUUAAAAAAAAAUCUGUAAAGGUUAAACAGAGUGAUUCUGAAUUUUUGCUCCAAAUGGUUCAGGCCAGUUGAUUUUCUGGAGUGUGGAGUUAUGUUAACAAUAAAAAUCUUUUUAUAGUACUUUUGAUUCUAUUUCAAAUAAGAAUUGUACAUUGAAGGCUUUUAUAACAGUUAUAAAAGUCAGGUGAUAUUACCUGUGGCAACAAUUGUUAUUGUCCUCACUAUUCUUUCCCCUUUUGCCUUUUAAAUUUGAAAGGUGGGGUCUUUGUAGGUCACUUUGCUAUAAAGAUCCUCUUGGUGACAUACCUACUGUGGAUCCAUAGUAACCAUUCAUCAAGAGCAGGAUUCUACACAUAACCAGGGGUUUGCAUCCCAUAGUUCAGAGGACCUAAGCAGAAUUUGAGCUCCAUUCCAUAGUUUACACUUCGAGGGAUUCUUGAAAUCACCCAGCCUUCUUCUUGCUCUUGAAAUCCAAAUGCACGGUGUUCUGGUGAAGUUGGACCCAGCACUAGCCUCUUGCAAUCUGAGGAGCAAGUAGAGUUUUUAAGGGGGAAGGGGCUUUGGCGCCUGUGUCUUCCUCUCUCAGAGGCUACAGGAAAGCACCUUAAGGCCCCUUGUAUACAACACAAACUUUGAAGUUGUACUCUGUAGUCUUGAAGAGCAAAAAUUCUCUACAAGCUAAACUUUGUUUGAAGGGACAGUAUUUCAUUGCCCUUUUUCAGUUGUGAAGCUAUUGCUCAGCAAAUGUUCAUUUUUUUUUAACACUGAGUUAAAGGGAGAUAUAUAUUUUACACCAAAAUAGUUGAUAAUAUUCCUAGUUUUUAGGGAUUUUUUUCCUAUUUUGCAAGAAUAUGACUAAAGUGUUAAAUGCUAAACUAUGGAGGAAAAACUUUACUCUGAAAUAUAAUUUUAAACAAGUAAUUAAGGCAGCUUAAUAUCUAAGAGGAUAGUCACAGUAAACCUCUAUUAAAGGAAAGCACAUCAAAUACAUGCUGAAUAACAUACCUGAAAAAAAGUCUUAAAAACAAUUUAAUGAAUACUUAAAUUAUAGGCAUUGUAGAUACAAAUUGAUGUAUAAUAGUGUCUUCCCACUUUUUGAAUGAGAAGCUAAACUCCAGUCCUUUAAUUAGCAUGAAUGUAAAUUAGAUUUGUUGCAUAGUGAAAUUUCAGACUUAUGUUACAUAACACUGUUAAGCUCUCCAUCAGAGUGCAUAACUUGUUGUCUUCCAUGCUUUGUAACUUGUGCAUAUCUAAAAAGACUAACAGUGAAACUUUUUGAAGUUAUUUUUGUGGUUUAUUUUUUUUUUUACAGUAGAGCUGUAGAGGACUUGCAUAUUAAUAUGAAGUUUUUACUAGAAAACUCAAGAUACUGUUUCACAUAUUGUUGCUUUCUGUCACUCAGAAUGUAUUGUGUACUCUGAUCUCAUAAUCAUGUAGUGAUACUAACCUUUCCUUAGCAAAUGCACUUGUUUCGAAUUGUAUUCCUAGAGUUUACAUUCCUGAAGAAUAAACAUGACUUUUAGAUAUCUAAUGUGUUUCUUAAGUUUUUAAACUGUGGAACUAAACUGGAGUUGAGGUUUUUGAAGUUUUGUACUUUUGUGUAAAUGUUCAUUCUCCAUAUGCAUACUUUAUACAUUAAGUAUUGCCUCUUGUUUUAUUGAAAUAAAAACUGAAAAAAUA